AUGGAAAAUAUAGCAAGACAUAUCAUGAGAUUAUAUGCUAUAAGAUUACCUUCAAAUUUACCACUUUCACUUGAUGAAUUGGAUGAUUAUUUAAAGAAUUAUGAAGAUAGAAGAAAAUCUGGAAUUAAUUAUAAAGAUGAUGAUAAAAAUGAUGAUAUUUUGAUUUUAGCCAUACAGGCUAUCACUAUCAUCACAACAGCAACCGCUACCUGA